GUGGUGCCUGCGUGCGCGGAUGUGCCCGUGUCCCCCGGGGAGAGGAGCGCGCGUGUCCCACCCUCCUGCCCCGUGGUGAGCCCGGCUGGUGCCCCCACCCAACAUGCUGAGCAGGGUGCCCGGUACAAUAUUCUUGGAAGUACUUGAUAGUGUCUGUCACCUGUAUCAGAGCACCACAGUUCAAGUUUAGCCCUUUCUACACACAGUGCUCAGAACAUGGGGGAAAACGAUGAUGAGAAGCACAGCCAAGGUGGCCAGAUAUUUGAAAACUUUGUACAAGCAUCAACAUGCAAAGGUACCAUUCAGGCCUUUAAUAUCCUCACCCGUCAACUUGAACUGGAUCCAUUGGACUACAGAAAUUUCUAUCCAAAAUUGAAGUCAAAAGUAACCAGCUGGAAGGCCAAAGCUUUGUGGAACAAGCUUGAUAAAAGAGUAAGUCAUAAAGAAUAUAAGCGAGGAAGAUCUUGUACGAACACUAAGUGUUUGAUUGUUGGAGGUGGUCCAUGUGGUUUGCGGACUGCCAUAGAACUUGCCUUUCUUGGAGCCAAGGUUGUAGUUGUGGAGAAGCGGGACACUUUCUCAAGAAACAAUGUGCUGCAUCUCUGGCCUUUUACAAUCCAUGACCUCCGGGGUUUGGGAGCGAAAAAAUUUUAUGGAAAAUUCUGUGGAGGAUCUAUUGACCAUAUCAGUAUUCGACAACUUCAGCUUAUCCUCUUCAAAGUUGCACUUAUGCUGGGAAUAGAAAUCCACGUGAACGUAGAGUUUGUGAAAGUUCUGGAACCUCCUGAAGAUCAAGAAAACCAAAAGAUAGGUUGGCGGGCUGAAUUUCUCCCAAUGGAUCACCCUCUGUCAGCCUUUGAAUUUGAUGUUGUUAUUGGUGCAGAUGGUCGCAGGAACACUUUAGAAGGUUUUAGAAGGAAGGAGUUUCGUGGAAAGCUGGCUAUAGCUAUCACGGCCAACUUUAUCAACAGAAACACAACCGCAGAAGCCAAGGUAGAGGAAAUUAGUGGUGUCGCUUUCAUCUUCAAUCAAAAAUUCUUCCAGGACCUUAAAGAGGAAACGGGAAUUGACUUGGAGAAUAUUGUUUACUACAAAGAUAGCACUCACUAUUUUGUAAUGACAGCAAAAAAGCAGAGUCUUCUGGACAAAGGAGUGAUUAUCAAUGACUAUAUUGAUACCGAGAUGCUUCUCUGUGGGGAAAACGUAAACCAGGACAAUCUGCUGUCUUAUGCAAGGGAAGCUGCAGACUUUGCAACCAAUUACCAGCUGCCUUCCUUGGAUUUUGCAAUUAAUCACUAUGGGCAGCCAGAUGUGGCUAUGUUUGAUUUUACUUCCAUGUAUGCCUCUGAAAAUGCUGCACUAGUAAGAGAAAGGCACAGACAUCAGCUCUUAGUUGCCCUUGUUGGAGACAGUUUACUUGAGCCCUUCUGGCCGAUGGGUACCGGCUGUGCAAGAGGCUUCCUAGCUGCUUUUGAUACAGCGUGGAUGGUGAAGAGCUGGGAUCAAGGAAAACUCCCACUAGAGAUCCUUGCUGAACGAGAGAGCAUUUAUCGACUAUUGCCCCAGACUACACCCGAAAAUAUCAACAAGAACUUUGACCAGUAUACCAUUGACCCAGGAACGCGCUAUCCCAACUUGAACUCCAGCUGUGUUCGACCUCAUCAGGUUAGACAUUUGUAUGUUACAAAUGAGCUACAACAAUGCCCUCUUGAAAGGGUCAGCUCUAUUAGAAGAUCAGUGAAUGUCUCAAGGCAUGAAUCUGAUAUUCGACCUAAUAAGCUUUUAACCUGGUGUCAGAAACAGACAGAAGGCUACAGGAACGUUAAUGUCACUGAUCUCACUACUUCUUGGAGGAGUGGCCUUGCGCUGUGUGCAAUUAUGCACCGCUUCAGACCUGACCUCAUUGACUUUGACUCUUUGAAUGAAGAAGAUGUUGUUGAAAAUAACCAACUGGUGUUUGACAUCGCUGAACGAGAGUUUGGAAUUCCUCCAGUAACCACUGGGAAAGAGAUGGCGUCUGCUGGAGAGCCUGAUAAACUCAGCAUGGUCAUGUACCUCUCAAAAUUCUAUGAGCUAUUUAGAGGAACCCCUCUGAGAGCAGUUGAUGCUGUGGAUAAGCAAAAUGGAGAAAAUAAUGACCUUUGCUCAGCAAAAUCAUCAAACUUCAUAUUUAAUAACUACAUCAAUUUAACGUUACCAAGGAAGCGAGUACCAAAAGUUGAAAGGAGUGAAGAAAAUGAUAUGAACAAAAGGCGUCGAAAGGGCCUCGGUGGCUUUGAAGAGGCUUCAUGUUUUCUAAUCGGGAUGAAUUCCGGUAAAGAUCAGGGCAACAGAGAAGGAAUGAAUCAAAAUAAAGUAAAGUCAAUGGCAACGCAGCUAUUGGCAAAGUUUGAAGAAAAUGCCCCAAACACAUCUCUCCGGAGACAGUUUCAGGCAGUAACUAGUACUGAACAUGUGGUCAGAGAACCAAAGCAAUCUUUGCAUGGUUCUGAUCGUGUGGCCAGGGGAUCAAGAAUUAUAGAAAAAACAGAUAUGCAGUCCAGGCUUUCAGAAACUCUUGCAUCUACCUGUCCUGCUGCAUUUGUGAUUUCUGGAGUGCUUAAACGCCUUCAGCACGUGGAGGAAAAAAUUAAUCAGAAGAAAGCUCAGUCCGUAGCAAGUAGGGAAUUUCAUAAAAAGAACGUUAAAGAGAAAGCAGCUCAUCUUGCCUCAAUGUUUGGAUACGUGGACUUACCAAAGAAUAAACUACCUAUUAAAGGCCUAUCCUAUUAUCGGCCCCCAACUCCCUCUUGCCUUCCAGCCCAUGAUUCAGCUAUUACUUCAUCUUCAUCAUCUAUUCACUCAGCUUCCCCUGCUGUUCAAUCUAGCAAGAUGACUGUAGGAAAGGUGUCACGUGGAAUAGGGGUUGUGGCUGAAGUCCUUGUCAAUCUCUAUGUUAAUGACCACAGGCCCAAGCCACAGUUUUCCUCCCCAGAACUGAACCAGUCAUUGGACACAGCUACGUCUUUCCCCACUUCCUAUUCCACUUCUCCCACUUGUGCUUCUAUUGUUCAGGGUUGUCAGGGAUCUCUGCGAAAAGAAUUUCCUCAGACUAUAGGUGGCAGUGACAUCUGUUAUUUCUGCAAGAAACGGGUAUAUGUCAUGGAGCGUCUGAGUGCAGAAGGCCACUUCUUUCAUAGGGAAUGCUUUAAGUGUAAUGUAUGUUCUACAACGCUCCGCCUAGGAAUCUAUGCUUUUGAUGUAGAAGAAGGUAAAUUUUACUGCAAACCUCAUUUUAUACACUGUAAAACAAGCAAUAAGCACAGGAAGAGACGAUCUACAUUAAAAACGCAAGAGAAAGUGGAAACAGAAAUGUGGAUGCAAGAGGAACCCAAGCACCCAGAAACCACCACAGAAAGUAUUACUUCUACUGUUAGCAGUCCAGAGGACAGGCCCCCAGGUAUCAUGACUUCCUUCUUUAGGAAAACUCUAAGCUGGCCCCUUAGGGUGACGAGGGAUCUGCUUGACAUUCCAAGACGCCUGUCUAACUGGAUGCAUGGUUUUCUGCACGCUACCAAUCUUCAUUUGAGGGACAAUGCAUACAACUAUACCUAUUUGUAUGAACUCUUGAGCCUUGGUGUGCCAUUCCUGUGUGCGCUGCUAGAGGUACUUACUCAUAUGUACCGGGAAGCAGAGCUAUCACUUGAAAACAUGCUUGAAUGGGUGAAAAAGUUCUUUAGGGUUUAAAUUCUUAAGUGUCUUGCUAAUUUGUGCCUUUCAGAUUUCCAAAAUUAACAGCCUUGCAAUAUGUUUAUAAACAUUUCAAUUUAAUACGUGCUUUAAGUGAACAAAGAGCUCACUUCGACAGACUAAGUGCAAUCAAAACACACUAAAUUUAAAACAUGUACUGUACAAGAAAGGCAUCAUGAAGUUCAGUGUCCAGAUGCAUUUCCAGAACAUGGGGACUAAAUGAAGGAUAUUUUAUAAACAUUUCUGCAGGGGUGGGUUUCUGGCUGUGAACAACCGUGUUUCUGGGUUUACAUUUUAUAAUGCUUUUUUUAAAGACCAAGAAAGACCAUGUUCUUUCAGACAUUUCAGGGUAGUAGUGACAAGUGACUGGGUUUUGAAACCUGAAUAUGGCACAUCCCUUUUCUCUUGCUUUGAUCUUUUGCUCUGGGAACAAGGUUUACUACUUGCAUGGAGAUGUUUUGAAGAGGAAAAAAAAAAAGCUUUUUACUGUACCUAAUGCACCUACUUCUAGCCAUGCCUUUUAAAAUUUAUUACUCAUGGUAUCCUUUGUUAAUACUAGGUAUUUUCUGUAAUACUAGUUUAAUUAAACCUGAAAUAAAUUUGAAGUGCAAAUCUUAGAUGAGUGGACGAUUAAUUGAAAUGGUCAGAUCUAAGAAACAUAGUGUAGAUAGCUGCUAUUUAUUCCCAGAAUUAAGAGUUUUUUCUCAUUUGGGGGCUGAUCCAAAGGGGAGUUGAAUACCCACAGCUCUAGCUGAAGUCAGUUGGAAUUGUAGGUGCUGAAAAUGACUUUGGAUCGAGCCCUUAGCUUGCAAUAUAUUGCACUCAGAUUUCUAAAAAGCCAUAUUUGGGUAAAAUAGAAGUACUUACAAAUAAUGUGGGGUUUUUUUUAAACUGAUGAUUUUCUGUUAGAUGUUUUAUUUCAAUAUAACAUGCUAAUGGGAGAAAAUCAAAAUAGUUAUAAAGUUGCAUCAUCUCUGAAGAGAGGUUUUUGUGGUGGAUCUCGGUAUGAGAUACCUUAACCUAAAAGCUUCUCUAGAAUGUAUAGCGCUGCCUGAUGACAAUUAGUCAUGAACAAUUCCCCAGACUCUUAACUAUUGUCUAGACUCCUUUUAGCUAAUUAAGGUGCUUAAAGCUGUAUUUGAUGGAGAAACACAUGGACAGAUCUCCAAAAAAUUAAAAGCAUCUGUAGCCUUUUUUCUAAUAAAAAGGUAUUAAUGUAAGCCACAGAAAACAUGUUGCCAGCAGUUGGUAGAAAACAAACAGGAGGGGCCAUUAAACAAUGACCAUAGGUAGGUUGAUUUUAAUAUCAAUAUUGCAAAAGACCAAAUGGAAGCUUCUAUGUUUGUUUGGCAGUAAAAAGAAUGUCUUUUUUU